AUGUCUUCCACCAUCACCUUGCCACCAGGCUUCGCCUUCACCAAGAGAGUUCACAAUGCUCCCUAUCAUGCCAUCGCGCCGUCCCGGCCCGAGCUCUCGCAGGCAGGGAAGACUGUGCUCAUCACGGGAGGCCACACGGGCAUAGGUUACGCCAUUGCGAGGGCUUUCGGCCAGGCCAGUGCAAAAAGGCUGAUCAUCAUCGGCCGACGGGACAACUUGGUGGCCUCCGCCGCGGCACGCCUCGCAUCCGAGUUUCCCUCCACUCAGACAGUAGGGCUCAGAUGCGACAUUGCCGACGUGGUAUCCGUUGAUAGGCUGUGGAACGACCUAGCAAACGACAAUAUUCUUAUCGACGUCGUAGUGCUUAACGCAGCCAAGCUCUCAGCGCAGCCUAUUCUCGACCUAGGCAGGGACAAGGUUUGGGAAGAGUACAUUACCAAUGUGCGGACGCACCUUGACUUUACCGAACGGUUGUACAAGCAGCCAGGUGCUAAAGGCCGUCAAAAGGCACUUAUCAAUUUGGCUUCCCUUGCGAUCCACGAGAGUAAACUCACCGGCCAGUACCCAAGCUAUGGGGCCACUAAGAGCGCGGGGACAAUGCUAGUGCAGCAGAUCGCCAAGGACGUCCCUCCCGAAGAACUCCAGAUAGUUAGCUAUCAUCCUGGCGGUGUCUUCACAGAACUGGCCGAACGCGCGGGUUUCAAGAAGGAUGACCCUCAAUGGGAUGACGAAAAUUUACCAGGGGAGUUUGCUGUGUGGGCUGCAUCUCCAGAAGCAAGGUUCUUGCAUGGGAGGUUUGUAUGGGCAAAGUGGGAUGUGACAGAACUGCUGGACGGGCCACUAAGAAAGCGUAUUGAUGAGGAUGACUCCUUUCUCAAGGUGGGUGUUGUGGGGAUUGAAGAAUGGGAGCAGACACAGAUGUCUCUUUGA